CACCGCGGCCGUCUACGAACACAGAUCGAUAUUGAAUCCAAGUCCGAAGGUCCGUCCCACACGUCAGGCAGCGCUGAGGCACAUGAGGGAAAACCUGGACAUCUACCAACUACAAGUGUCCGAAGCGAGCAAGCAGGUACUUGCCUCCAUAGUACCCAAGGCAUUUUCAAGGAGCAGUGCCUCAGAAAGAUGACAUCCAUUAUUAAGAACCACCCCCUACCAUCACCCAGGGCAUGCUCUCUUCUCAAUAUCAGGGAGCUAAGAUAAUUGUCUUUCCCGAGGAGGGCCUCUAUGGCUUUAAUUACACCAGAGAUUGGAUUUUUCCAUAUCUGGAGCCUAUUCCAGAUCCUACAGUUGUUAAGUGGAAUCCCUGUCUACGUCCAAAAGCAAUUAAUAAUACAGAGGUUCUUUAUCAACUGAGUUGUAUGGCAAGGUAUGGAAAAAUGUACUUGAUAGCAAACAUGGGGGAAAGGCAGUCCUGUGAGCGCAGUGAUCCUUGGUGUCCCUCAGAUGGAAGAUACCAGUUUAACACAGAUGUAAUUUUUGAUGCUGAAGGUUCUUUAAUUGCCAAAUAUCAUAAACAGAACCUUUACUUUGAAGAAGCUUUCAACACACCCAGGGUAGUGGAGCACGUCAUCUUUAAUACUCCUUUUGCUGGAAAAUUUGGAAUUUUUACAUGUUUUGAUAUCUUAUUUUAUGAGCCAGCAGUGAGCCUAAUUGAUAAUUAUGGUGUAAAACAAAUCAUAUUCCCCACUGCAUGGAUAAACCAGCUUCCACUGUUAUCAGCAGUUGAAUUCCAGCAAGCUUUUGCAACUGCAUUUGGUAUCAAUCUCCUUGCAGCUAAUCAGCAUCACCCCGAAUACAAAAUGACAGGAAGUGGGAUUUACAGUCCUUUUGCUUCCCACUAUUACUACAAUAUGGAGACCCGUGAAGGAAAGCUCCUAGUGGCAGAGGUUCCAAUAAUUACAAGUUACAAUGUCCACAGUCCGGAGCUGGAGCCAUUUCAGGGAAGAUUGGAAUUUCCUGAAAGGCACAUUCACAUUGAACCUUCUGCUCCUCAGCUGCAAGAAAGGAGAAUACAGAUGGACCAAAGUCAGCAAUUCUUACGUGCAGCAGAUGGUCUUGGUGAUAUCUUUUAUAGUCUAAUGAUGUACGACAAUUAUACCUUUGUUCCUGUGACAGACUUGGAAGGUAAUUUGCAAGUCUGUUCUAACACACUCUGUUGCCAUCUGUUUUACCGACGUAGCCACGCCAGUGAUCUGUAUGCAUUCGGAGCCUUUGAUGGGCUUCACACAGUACACGGCACGUACUACUUGCAAGUGUGCGCUUUGGUGAAGUGUGCAGGCUCCACCAUUGACACCUGUGGACAAAGUGUUACCACUGCCUCUGAUAUUAUUGACUUCCAGUUGUGGGGAAAUUUCAGUACCCACCACAUCUAUACAGAGAUACUGGCUACUGAGGUGAAACUUUAUCGUGCAGAUACCUUGGAGUGGGUUAACAACAAUUUUUACAUGACUAAGUGGGGGAUGUCAGAGGGCCUUGUAACUGCAGCACUAUAUGGAAGGUGGUACAAAAAAGAUUAAUGGGAUAAAAUUUCAGAUUAUUUUCUGAUUGUGACAAUUCUUAAAUUAAAGAUCAAUAUUGACAAACUAAUGAUUUACACACGGGUAGAAUUCUGGAUUUUGGCCAGUUACAGACUGAAAGCAUGUUAGCUCUCAUCUCCGAGAAGGGCCCACUUGAAGAUGUAAGACAAAAACAUUCUGAAUGGAUGCAUCUCUGAACACAUGGCCAUCAAGGAAGCUAAUCCUGGGUGUGGUUGGGACAACCUUUAGACUUUGCUGAUUUCACCAUUAACUCUUCCACCUGUCAGCAAGAGUCCUGUUGCAGACAGCUAUCUGUAAAGUUGAGUGGUCUUCUGCAAUAGUCCAGUGUGCAGAAUGCUAUUGAACUCUAUCCUUACCUGCCAGUUAACUAAUUCUGUUUAAAAAGUCUUGCUACUGAAGUCCUCCAAUCAGCCUGGGUUCCUGCUUCACCCUUCCCUUCUCAUCUUUAUUCUCAGAAUCAGUAUUAUGAUUAUUGACUUGUGAAAUUUGUUGUUCAGUGGCAGUGCUACAGCGCAAUACUUAAUAAUAAAAAAUACUACUACAAUUUCCAACUAGAAAUAAAAUAAAAAAGCAGCGCAAAAAAGAGCGCCAAAUUGUGAGGUAGUUUUUAUGGGUUAAUGGAUUGUUCAGAAAUCUAAUUGUGGAGGGGAAGAAACUAUUCCUAAACUGUUGUGUGUGUGUGUGUCUUCCUGCUCCUGUCUCUCCUUCCUGAUGUUCGUAAUAAGAAGAGUGCAUGUUCUGGAUGGUGAGAGUCCUUGAUGAAGGAUUCUGCCUUCUUGAGGUAUCACCUUUUGAAGAUGUCCUCAAUGGUGGGAAGGCUAGUGACCUUGAUGAAGCUGGCUUGAGUUUACAACCCUCUGCAACUUUUUCUAAUCCUGUUCAUUGGUGUCCAGACCAGACGCCGAUGCAAACAGCCGGAAUGCCGGCCAGCUUCCAGGCAAGAAAACGCCUGCCUGCAGUGCUCCCACGCUCAACAUCUUCUGGAUAGACUACAAAACCAUUUAUUUCUCUUCCUUUAUGUCUCUUACAUCUGUUUUCAUCAUGCAAGUGUUUCUGGAGCUGUUGGAGACAGUUUGGGCAAUCCAUUGCUUUGCUGUCUCCUAGAGGAUUCCAGGAGGCAGCAAGCGCAGCCUCAUGCCAAUGUUGGACUCUAUUUUACUGAUUAAAGCAACGAGGGAGAUUAAAACAUCGAGGCAAUUGUGGAAGGCGAGCACUGGCUGCCUGCCUUUUGGUCGCUGGUGGGAUUGCUCUGCUGCUGGAGUGGAGAGGCUGUGGCCUGUUGCUGUGCCUAGACAAUGUUAUUGAGGUUUUCUGCAUUUUCUAUAUUGCUAUGGAUUUGGACUGUGGGCAAUAGACUAUUUUUCCAGUCUUACAGUUUUCUAUAUACUGUCAUUUUUGCCCGAUUUUUCUUGGUUUUUUUGUGCAGGACGGGGAAUUUGGGAGUUGAUCAUGUUGCCAUUCUCUUUUUUUCCCUUAGUUUUGUGGCUACCUGAAGAAGAAUUUCGGAGUUGUAUACUUUAAUAAUAAAAGAACCAUUGAAUCCUUU